CAUUACUGCCAGCCUUCUCAUAUUAGUUUUUCCAUAGGAGAUAAAUUUGGAUAAAUUUGAGGAUAAAGGUGGUUCACACGGAACUUACAGCGUCGCUCAGCCAGGUCUCGAUGAGCAUGAAACAGGAUGGACUGUGGCAUUUAGGCAGAGCAGAAUUUUGUGGCAAAAUCCCCGAAGAAAACCUACUGGGAUGUGGUAAGGAACUUUGAAAGUGCGCCUGGCGAUUGCUGAAAAAGCCCUAAAAUGUGAAGAACAUGAUGUAAAUCUGCCACUGAGUGAACACAAUGAACCUUGGUUUAUGCGUUUAAAUUCAUCUGGAGAAGUACCUGUCCUUAUCCAUGGGGAAAAUAUUAUUUGUGAGGCAACACAGAUUAUUGAUUAUCUUGAAGCAACAUUUGUAGAUGAAGAAGUACCAAGAUUAAUGCCAGAAGAAGGGAGCAUGUAUUAUCCCAGGGUGCAGCAUUAUAGAGAGCUUUUAGACUCCUUGCCUAUGGAUGCCUACACUCAUGGCUGCAUCCUACACCCUGAAUUAACAGUGGAUUCCAUGAUUCCAGCCUAUGCUACAACCAGAAUUCGUAGCCAAAUAAGUAAUACGGAAUCAGAAUUGAAGAAACUUGCGGAAGAAAAUCCAGACCUUCAAGAUGCCUACAUAGCAAAACAGAAGCGCCUUAAAUCUAAACUGCUGGAUCAUGAUAAUAUAAAGUACCUAAAGAAAAUACUGGAUGAACUGGAAAAAGUUUUGGAUCAGGUUGAAACUGAGUUGCAGAGGCGAAAUGAGGAAACACCAGAAGAUGGGAAUCAGCCUUGGCUCUGUGGUGAAUUCUUCAGUUUGGCAGAUGUAUCACUUGCUGUCACAUUACAUCGCUUGAAGUUUCUGGGAUUAGCAAGAAGAAACUGGGGAAACGGAAAACGACCCAACUUGGAAGCCUAUUAUGAGCGUGUCCUGAAGAGAAAAGCAUUUUACAAAGUUUUAGGACAUGUCAACAAUAUAUUAAUCUCAGCAGUUCUGCCAACUGCAUUCCGUGUGGCGAAGAAAAGAGCGCCCAAAGUUCUUGGCACCACCCUGUUGGUUGGCAUGCUAGCAGGAGUGGGUUAUUUUGCUUUCAUGUGUCUUCGAAAGAGGUUUGCCAACAUGAUGUUAUCAAUUAGAACCAGACAAAAUUAUUUUUAGACUUGUCCGUCCCUGAUGGUAGGUGGAGGUCAUCUCUAGCCCCCAGGAAGAUAUCAAAAAUAAGCGUUUAAGAAAGGUUAUGUCCGUGAAUUAGAACACUGUCUCACAAUGAUCGUCUCCUGCUUUUGAAUAAUUGAAUUGGCAAUACUGAUGUAUUUGUGGAAAACAGAUAGUGAGGGCACAACAAAAAAAGGAGAUACUUUCUUUUCAAGUGAGGAGCUAUAAAGGCUGUGACAGUACUUUGUUGAAGUGAUUAUUGUUUCUGUCUUGUUUACCCAAUGGCUGACCUAAUUUUAAUGUUUUUAUUUAAUAGAUACUUUUGUCACAAUGUGACAGCUUUUCACUGCUGGUGAAAUGCGUUAGUGUGCAGAAACCAGCGCUGUUGAAUCACUGAAAGUAGCACUUAAGUUUAAAUGUUUAGAGAGGGAUGUAAGUGGGACAUAGGCUUUGUGCCUGUCAUGUAUAUGGGAGUGAGUGUCUCUGUACUGAUUAAUGUCUAUUGAUUUACAGAUGAUCCAUUAUGAAUGUGUUAAAAAGUAGCCCAAUAGAGCCACUUUUUCAUUUUUGUUCACGCAGUAGUACAGGAAGAGACUUGCAGUACAUGUAAGUAUCAGUGAUUUGUGGGCCACAUAAGUGAAAUUUUGCCAAAAAAUAAGGAACUGACAAAUUCUGAACUUCUAUUGACUUACAAAUGGGAGUAAAAAACCUGACACUUGUCUUUUGAAAAUCUCUUGGAUAGCCUCUGACCCACUCAGAUAGCCAGUUCAGCUACAAACCCGGACUGAGUCAUAACAAACUCAAUGUCCUUUUCCUGCUUUCCUUCCCAUCAGCUCCUUCUAUCUUUUGCACUUGUGGUGGCUUAGUACAGUUAUCUCCAUAUUAGUGUCCCAUGUACCCAUCCUUGUUUCAGCUCUGAGCACUGGCUCUUUUUUGCGCACAACUUUUUUUUUUUUGCGUUAGCAGUCACACGUGCCUCUGUGAAAUGUUUGUCCACAUUGUGCCACAGACAAUUAGAAAAUAUAUGCAGAAAAAUGCCUUUUGUGAAAGUAAUUUAAAACAGUUCACUGUCUUUGAAUCUGGUUAGGGAGCCUAAGCUAAAACUGAAACAGCUACUUAGACUCUGUUUACUAAUGGUGAGGUAUCAUAAUGGUGAAAACAAGUAAAAAACAUAGGGCAGGUUGGAGACAGAAGAUAAGUACUGCAGAUGUUUUUCUUUAAAGCCACAAUCUUACAGCUUGUAGGAAAAAUAUAUAAAAGCACUUUGAUGCUUUCCACUGUUCAGUAGAUGAUGAGUUUUAUUGUUGUAUUUAAACUUAGAAUCUGUUUCAAUGAGAGAUGCACGUUUCACUGAAAGUAGAUUUUGAGUCAUUUUGCAGACACACAAAAUCAGGAACGGCUGAAAAUCGGAUCACAGACUAACAGGAUUUUGUGUUCUUUCAUGAAUGUCUGAAAAGCUCAGAAUUUUGAUUACAAGUUGUAGAUAACUACAGCAAGCAAAGUGUAGCUCUAAAUGUUUGCCUGUCACCAACCAGUGCCUGCAGACCUAAGCAUAUUUUCGAUCUGGUGCUGGUGGCACUGGUCUCUCUCAACUAAUAAUUUUGAGCCUCAAGAAGAUCCUCUCUAAAGUCUGAAGAGUACAGAUAUAGUUUUUAUCUUGGCAGUCUCACUGUCUACAAGAUAUCAAAAUGGAUUACGUCGUUGAAUAUUGCUGCUUAUAAUUUAAUAUUGUGUUAGCUGUCUAACAAAAGAGGGCUCAAAUCUCAUUGCUCCUUUCUAUUAAUAAGAAACAUCUUACCUAGGAAACAAUGCUCUUUUUAUUUGUCAAAAAGAAAGUUUUAUAUAGUUCUGUUUCAUGACACAGUUGUUUUGAAGAACUUGAUGAAUUAAAUGUGCUCUAUUUAGAAAAACUUGUUAUUUCUAGAGUAAAUUUAAUCCAACAAUACUUUUAAUGUGCUGGCAGCUUUAACUGGAUUUUGUUGUUCAUGUAUUGCAGUGUAUCUGCAUUUGCUUGUAACCAUCUUCCGCUAAGUUUAUAGACACAGACUAAACCCUGUAACAUAAUGCUUCUCUGGCAUGUAUUUCUGACAGGUCAUUUAUAAAAUAUAAUCUCAUCAAACCAUAGUAAAAUUCAAUAUAUAUGACUUAAUUUUUUUUUUUUUUACAGAAGGCCAUAUUUUAUUUUUCCCUUUAUCUUUUUUUAAUGUUUUAGGUCAGAUAAGAACACCCUUCUAUUUCCAGAGGCAUACCAGGCUUGUUCACACUAGCAGCACUAUAUGCUGACAUACAGGCUGAUUAUUAAUGAGGUUGUGCAGUCUUACUUCCUCCCCCCAAAAUUUGAUCUUUGCACUUCUGCUAGUGCUCAUUGCCUGGCAAGAACCGCAGGUAUUGUUCGAAAGAACUGGAAUGGCCACCAGGUGUCAGUGCUCCUCCAGGAGCUCCUCCGCUUUGGAACGCCUUUGCGCUGUGUAGGAAAUCACUGAAGUUUUCACGAACAAAAUGUUUAUGAUCUCUGCGUAAGAUGGAUGGGAGCGUCGUCAUCAAAUGAGUGGUCUCUCAAAAGCUCUUGAAACAACUGCUUUGGUUUACUGCAGGCUAGUUCUCUAAUAUCUGUCAUUUAGGCUUGUAUGUAGUUUCUGCGCUGGAUAGACAAGAGUGUCCAACAGAGGGCAAAAUCGAAAUAGGAUUUCACGUUAAAAUGUGUAUCACUGAAUAGCAGUUAAACUUGUUGCCGACAAGAAUGAACAUGGAUAAAACUAUUAUUAAGAAAACUUCGGGUCCCUAGUUAAAUUCAUGUUUGUUAGCUAAAGUAUUUGACAACCUAUUUAUUCUCGCUGCUCUGAUGUAUUCUUCUUUGUGCUAUAAUGAUUCUUGCGCAGGUGGCAGCAAAAGACUUACCCAUGCCUAAGUUCCUCAUACUGGCCUGAGAUUUAGAAGCAUAUAUGCUGUAUAUGGCUCCUUGCACCUUUCAUGUGAUGCUUGUAAAUUUUCUGUUUAGCCUGGCUUAUUUUCUUUGCUUUGGCCUUCUGGACGUUAUUUAGAUUGGUUACAAUCAAUCUUUUGGUUUUCAUUUAGUAUUUGCUCUCAUAUGGUUCAUCAGAUAUAUUUCAUAUCAUAUCUUCCUAUGUGGGACCAGCAAAAUAAACAUUGACUCUGUGACAACUUUC